AUGUCUCUUGGCUACCUUCCCGGCUUCCUUCACAGCCAAUUCCUCGUGACGCCGCCGGUCCCGACUCAAGACUGCACUGGGAAGACUAUUGUGAUCACUGGAGCCAAUACAGGUCUGGGGAAAGAGGCUGCGCGCCGUUAUGUUAGGUUGAAUUGUGAGAAGCUUGUUAUUGCGUGUCGGAGCGUUGAGAAGGGCGAGGCUGCGAAGCAGGAGAUCGAGAGUUCCACUGGAAGGAGAGGUGUCAUCGAGGUCUGGCCAGUGGAUCUUCAGAGCUACGACAGUGUCAAGGAGUUCUGCAAACGGGUGAAGACGCUGAAGAGACUGGAUAUUCUGGUUGAGAAUGCGGGAGUCGCUACUGGGAAGUAUUACAAUGUUGGUGGGAAUGAGAGCACGAUCACGGUGAAUGUCAUUUCGACGUUCUUGAUGGCGCUGUUGUUGUUGCCGAAGUUGCAGCAGACCGGCCGCCAAUACAACACCAUCCCAACCCUCACAAUCGUCAGCUCGGAAGUCCACUUCUUCACCAGCUUCCCCGAACGCAAAUCCGCUUCAAUCCUCACCACCCUCAACACCGAAUCCUCCGCCAUAAUGUCCGACCGUUACAACGUCAGCAAGCUUCUCGAAGUCCUAGUCUGCCGCGAGAUCGCCCGUGAGCACUCCGCGGAGCAACUGGGCGUGACGUUGAACUUCGUCAAUCCUGGGUGGUGCCAUUCGGAGCUGAUGCGGGAGGUGACGAAUCCGUUUGUUAGAUUGCUUAAAAUGAUUAUGUGCAGAACGACGGAAGUUGGAAGCCGAACUUUGGUGCAUGCGGGUUUGCAGGGAGUAGAGACUCAUGGCAAGUUCAUGUCCGACUCCAAGAUCGCACAUUGUGCGCCCUUGGUUGAGGGCCCAGAGGGACCUGAAGUGCAGAGGCGGGUGUGGACAGAGAUCGCCGAGCAAUUGAACCAGAUCGAGCCAGGCAUCACCAAAGUUCUCGAUGCCCGGUAG